CAUCACCCCUCCACCUGCCACCCCUGCCGUUCCAACGAAAGCAGUGGUAUUGAAAAUCACUCAAUUGGCCUGACCACCAUAGUCGCUGGUCGAACGGUUCUUUUUCUCUCUCACCCGUUGUUGCCUUACCGUAUCCGAAAGGGAUUCUCACCCGCCACCGUCGGUCCCUUACCAUCCAGCCUGAAAACUAGGGACUCCUCGAUUGCAUCAGACCCUCCACAUAUUCACCAUGUCUGCUCGUCCAUUGUCGCAUUGCCUCCGCGCUCGCUGCCUUCCCCCCCGGGCCCAGAACAUCCAGGCUUUCUCGACCCGGAGCAACCUCCGCGGUGAUCACUAUGACCCUCCCACCGGGUAUCUCUUUGGCCUCAAGCCGGGCCAGAAGUACGUGAAGGAAGGCUGGGAGAACCUGUGGUACUACGGAUUCAUCGGCAGUCUUCUUGUCGGUGGUGUCGCAUACGUUUUUAAGCCCGAUACUUCGAUACAAACAUGGGCUCUGGAGGAGGCUCGCCGGCGGUUGGAGGCUGAGGGCAUUCUAGAAGACCCUGAUAAGGCCCAGCGCAAGUAAGGCGUUUUGGUCUGGAGGUUUCUUGUACUCUGUACAUAGAGUGGUCGGGCGUGGAAGUCAGAUUUUGUUGAGUGAUUGCACAGGUGCCAGUAGGCAUCUGAUGUCCGAUCCUAGACAGGGCUUCUAUUUCAUUUCAUUGUUCGCUUCCUUUUCCCUGCGUGUGUAUCUGUCAUGCUAUAUCCCGGUUUCUUCCAUUGACUUGUUGAACGAUUAUCAAAAGGGAGGGAAGUAAAGCCUCUUGCCUUAGAUGGAUAUAUAUGGCGAUUAUCUCAGUCACCAAUAGUAUCGGCACUGGGUAUAUGAUACCCACCGUCAAUUAAA